AUGCCGUACAAGACUCUGCUUCCUGCACCUGAUACUUCGGGUGAUCCUGACCCCCAGGAUCAAGAUACACGGGUUGCUAGGCGGAGGCGGGCAAACAGGCCUAACGCCUGCGAGAACUGCCGCCUGAAAAAAGCCCGUUGUGAUGGUAAGAGACCAAGCUGCUCCAAGUGCGAGAAAUGGGGAACGGCGUGCGUCUACAGUGUCGACCACCUCGGAAAUGUCGAGCGUGAACUCAGAGAGCAUCGUGAUAUUCUCGAGUUCCUGCUGUCGCUCCCCGAAGAUGAAGCCCUCGCUGCACACAGACAGCUUAGAAGUACGAGUAACCUUUCCGAUGCGCUGUCGUCGUUGCAGGGGAGUAUGCAUGGCAGGCUUCAGCCCUCCGGUAUACGAACUGCGCAGGCCAUGUCGCCGCCGACGUCGUCAGGUCUCGAGUUUGAGCUGACGGUCCGGCAUGGCAUGGCGUAUCCUACCUUGUUUCCCCUGGACCUACCGUCCUUGAGCGCCGAUCCUAGACUGAAACCUGUUCAGCGCUCGUCUCAAGGGCUUUUGCUCGAUGGGUCGUCGCCGUCUGACACAAUGUCCCCGUCGACAUCAUCCAGCAAUGAGCAGUCUGUACACACACCGAAUCCCCAACCGCUUGAACGUCCACGCAUUAAUCAAAAGGAAGACGUCGCUGGCCCUCAUCGGGAAAAGUAUUGUGAUGAGAGGUUACACCAACUGCAGAUUGGGUACUGGACUGGCGUGUCCAUUGACGACGAAGUCGCUGCCAGCGCCAUCUCACUGUACCUGCAGGGCAAUCACUCCAUAUUCGGGCUCUUCGACCCCGACCUUUUUAUACACGACCUCGUUCACCGCCGCCAUCAAUACUGCUCACCUUUUCUGGUGAAUGCCCUGCUGGCCCACGCCUGUCAAGCUUACUCUGUGAUUGACGAAGCUGUCGGCGCUUUGAGCCAGGACUUUAUGAGAGAUGCGGGCGUACUAUGGCGCGCUGAGCGAUCUUCAGACUCAUUAGUCAACGUCGCUGCCAUUCUCAUGCUCAGCGUCAGUUGCCAUCUCGAGCAAUCCAGCGUUUCGAGCAAUGAUCUUCUUGAUGAUGGGCGCGCAAUGGCCGAGCGGUUAAAGCUCUUCGGCAUACCGCACACACCAGAAAACGCAGCCUCAUUCGAUAGCUUAGACCCCGACACCAAACGUGCAAUGGCCCAUACAGCCUGGGGAGCAUACAGCUACCUAACACUAAACACAUUCUGGGUCCCAACCAAACCCAUCGCCUUCCCACCGAUGUUUCCCGUCCCCGGACGGAGCAGUGAGGACACGAUAGAUGAAAGGUUAGCAGUUCACUGGCCGCCACACUUCAUCCCUGACUAUGCAGGAAAAACGUUUCAAGCGCUAUGUGAGCUCUGGACUAUAAUGCAGGAAGUCAUAGCGGUUUACUUUGCGCAUCACGGUGAUGCUGGUGCUGCUUCGAUGAGGAUUCCUCUGGCGUUUGUGGAGGCCAAGUACCAGAAGAUACUGACAUUUACGGAUUCGUUGCCGCCGGAGAUGUCGAUUGAUCCGGGGAAUAUGCCAGAUCAUGUUUUGGCGUUCAACAUUUUACUACAUGUUGCUAUUACGCACCUGUUUCACACAUUUAUCAUGGAUCCAAGCAAUCAGAAUUUAAACCCGACGUUGUUGAAGUCCCCCAAAGCAGCACUGCGAGCAUCAACAAACCAGCUCCAACGUCUCAUCCUCAUCAGCCGUCUCUACCAUCCCCACGCUCACUCCCUUAGCGUUCUGAGCUCGGCAGUCGUGCACGUCAGCAACACCAUAAUUCGCGAUGCCGCCCUGCGUAACCAUUCCAUCCAAGCCCCCAGUCUCAGCAAAAAGCAUCGACGACGAGGAAGUUUUGAAGAAGCACACUGGCACUUCUACUUCCUCGUGUGUCUAGCAGCCUGUCAAGAUCUAGGUGCUUGCUUCCCCGUUUGCGAGCCCAUUGGCAAGGGGCUUUUGGCCAUGGCUAUGAGAGAUGGGAGUAUGACAGCCGCUGAAGCAAAUAAGCUCAUGCGUGCGUUGGAAGCGCCGAAGCAGGUUGUGACGCCUAGUAAAGACGAGAGUGGUACGUUUGGAAGUUGGGUUUUGGAUUUUGAUCUUGAGGCUUCGAAGCCUGGUGAUGGACAUAUUAGAAACUUGGCUGCUCAGUUUGAGGAGUUGAGUAUGCAUAAUGAGUUUACGGAGGGGGGAGAUUUUGUUGUGGAAUAA